AUGGGCUACUACGUUGACUGGGCACCCCGCGAUGUUAACUUCCCGUUAUUCGACUUCAUAGACUUCGCGUUUGCUCUCCCAGACCAAAAUUACGCCCUGGCCUGGGAUACGCCUGAUGCCGCCGAGCAGCUUGAGCAGCUCGUGAAGAAGGCCCAUCCUGCGGGAUCGAGGGUCAAGCUUAGUAUCGGGGGAUGGACAGGCAGCCAGUAUUUCUCGCAAGCCGUGUCUACAGUCGCUAAUAGGAAGACUUUUGUCGACAACAUCCUCGCCGUCUACAAAAAAUACCUCCUCGAUGGCAUCGACAUCGAUUGGGAGUACCCCGGACAACCAGGCAGACCCGGCAACUCCGAAAGUCCAUCCGACUCAGAGAACAUGCUUCAGUUCCUUCAGCUUCUUAGGAAAACGCUCCCCCCAGAAGCGAAAAUAUCGGCUGCUGUUUCGGACACUCCCUUCGCUGGCCCCGACGGUCAACCUAUCAAAGACGCGUCUAGUUUCGCGGAGUCAGUUGAUUGGAUCUUGCUCAUGAAUUACGACGAUUUUCAAGCUGCAAACCCCCCUGGUCCCAACGCGCCCUUGUACGAUGGAUGUGGAAACUCUACUCAGCCAUCCCAGAACGCAGUGGCCGGAUACAACGCCUGGACGCAAGCAGGUUUCCCCGCGAACAAAAUCGUUCUUGGCAUCCCAGGGUACGGCUACGUCAGCAAUGGCGGUGUAAACCGCCUUCGACAACGCUCUCCAGAAGCCCCGCGUCUCCACCGCCUCGCCAGGCGCACCACCGUUACCGCCGAUGGCGAUCAUCAGGUCCAGUUCCGAGAUCUCGUGACGCAUGGCAUUUUGCAGCGCAAGAGCGAUGGGACCUACGACGCCGUGCCUUCAAGUGGCUUCCAGCGUUCCUGGGACGACUGUUCUGCAACGCCUUACCUGCAUUCAUCAACGCAGACUAUUCCGUACGAUGAUCCUGAAUCGCUUGGCAUGAAAGCGCAGCUUGCGAGAAAGACGGGUAUGCUUGGCAUCAACAUGUUUGACGUGCACGGGGACACAGAUCAAUGGGACCUCAUGGCGGCAGCGCGAAGUGGUCUUCUCGGUCCUGCAUCUCCGUCCACACCUGCUUCUUCCUUGACGCAAUCACCUUCGCUGGCUACACCACCAUCAGUGACUGAGGACCAGCCUGGACCAAUCGGACCCUUGGCAUGA